UUUUUUUUUGAAUAAACGAUAUUUACCUACACUAGAGGAUGGAGAGUUAGCAAAGUCUCACAAUGAACAAGUAAUAAUAUGGUUCAAAUUUGCCUUAAGUGAGAAUCGAACCUAAGACCUCUCACUUAAGUAGCUUCUUUACUUUAUUUUCAAUUAACUAAAUUUAAGUGUUAAAUUUCCACGGAUAAAGAACAUCCCCUAGCUCAAGUGCCAGAACACUUAAAAUUUCUCCUUAAAUACAGUGGAUCGUGUCUUAAUGAUUACGCUGCCUGACAAUGUGAAAAGAAUGCUACAAUACCAAAGAUCCUCCCUCCUCUUGCUUUUAUUCUUAACUUAUCAUCCAAUCCAAAUCGCAAAAAGCUCUGUAGCUCACUACUGCGCCAUGGGACAAGUCCUCGACAGGUUACAAGGUAAGCAAUGGAGGCGAAAGCAAAUAAAAAGGAUUUCAGAGAAGUUGUUUGAACAAUUUAGAAAUGAUAGAAGAACGGAUAACUUGAAAAUCAAUGAUCUGUACAUCGGUGUACUACUUGUGUACAAUGAUAUCAAUAAGCAUUUAUCCGGCAAGCAUUUUGAUCCACCCUCGAAAGAUCAAGUCAGAGAAAUGAUGAAGGAAAGCGAUUUAAAUCUUGAUGGAGAAAUUGACCGCGAAGAGUUUGCAAAGUUCAUUGAGUACUUGACAGCGGACAAUUUGGUUGUUCUCGAUCAACUGAUCCUCACACUGAUUGCAGCACCGGCGGUUGCAAUGGCGACAAAGACGGUUACCGAGGGUGUACCGGGGAUCGGAAAGGUCGUGCAAAGGUUACCCGAUUCAGUUUAUGCAUCCCUUGUGACUCUUACGGUUGUGCUGUUUCAACAAGCGUACCAGGAGUUCGGUUAGCCGCAAGUUUGUUUUAACUUCAGUACUUCUACGUAGGUCUAGUUUGGUAUUGUUGUAUUUUUAAAAAAAUUAUUUUAUAUUGUGCUGUGAGAAUACAAAGAUCUAAAAUAAAAUUAUUUAAUGUUUGGCAAAUGAUUAAAAAUAAUAUGUUGUUAAAUGUAAU